GCAUGCAGGUAAGCAUUGUUGCUUGCUUUCGGCGAAUAUUACAACAAAAUUGCGAGUCCCAGAUGGCAGAAGUUGUAGGAGACAGCACGGAACCAUCCUUUUCCAAAAACUAAUAGCAGCAGCUGCUGCUGCAGGAUCGAUUCGCGUUUUGUUUAAAGAAGACGAGCAGCUUGCAUUGCUCGUGGUAGCAGUCCCAGCUCCGGCCCGUUUCCAGAAGCACCAGUCCUUCUUGUGCUUGCCGAUGUCCGUGCAUUAGAGGAAAGCCGCACCGGUGCUCCGGCCAUGGCCUCUCGUCCCCUGCGCCCAUGACCCCAUGCUAUUCUUCUACUCCUUCCAACGCCGCAGCUACAGCCCACAUGCGUCCCCCCUGCUCCCUCCACUUACACUCCACUUGAUCACCAAGUCGCCAAUGCCUGCAUGCCACGACCGGCUAGCUUCUUUAGCUAGAGCUAUCUAGCUGAGCAGCUAUACGAGCUACUAAACUGCGGCCAUAGCUGAGACGUUGGCGCGCUUGGUUGGUUAGUUUGGUUGUUCGGUGUCUGAGUUCUUGGUGUCGCAUUGCGGCGGCCGGCCGGCGGGGACCGGAGAGAGUACAUGGUGACGGCGAAGGAGGCGGCGGCGAUGGACGCGAGCAAGUACGUGCGGUACACGCCGGAGCAGGUGGAGGCGCUGGAGAAGCUCUACUACGAGUGCCCCAAGCCGAGCUCGCUGCGCCGCCAGCAGCUCGUCCGUGAUUGCCCCGUCCUCGCCAACGUCGACCCUAAGCAGAUCAAAGUCUGGUUUCAGAACCGCAGGUGCCGGGAGAAGCAGCGGAAGGAGUCGUCGCGGCUGCAGGUUCUGAACCGGAAGCUGACGGCCAUGAACAAGCUGCUCAUGGAGGAGAACGACCGCCUGCAGAAGCAGGUCUCGCGGCUCGUCUACGAGAACGGCUACUACCGCCAGCAGACGCAGAGCGCGGGGCUGGCGACGACGGACACGAGCUGCGAGUCGGUCGUCACCAGCGGCCAGCAGAACGUGGCGACGGCGCCACAGGCUCAGCCGCGCGACGGGAGCCCUUCUGGGUUGCUGUCCAUUGCCGACGAGACAUUGACGGAGUUUCUGUCCAAGGCCACCGGAACCGCCGUCGAGUGGGUCCAGAUGCCCGGGAUGAAGCCUGGUCCGGAUUCCAUUGGAAUCAUUGCCAUUUCGCAUAGUUGCGCGGGUGUCGCUGCGCGAGCUUGCGGCCUCGUGGGCAUGGAGCCUGCGAAAGUUGCUGAAAUCCUCAAGGACCGGCCGUUGUGGCUGCGCGAUUGCCGGUCCAUGGAAGUAGUGAAUGUGCUGCCUGCUGGCAACAACGGCACAAUCGAGCUGCUCUACAUGCAGCUCUAUGCUCCGACGACACUGGAACCAGCUCGCGACUUUUGGCUGCUGCGGUACACCUCCAUACUUGAUGAUGGAAGUUUAGUGGUAUGCGAAAGAUCACUCAGUAGCAAGCAAGGCGGCCCAAGCAUGCCUCUUGUCCAGCCUUUUAUCAGGGGCGAGAUGCUUCCUAGUGGGUUCUUGAUCCGGCCUAGCGAUGGUGGAGGCAGUGUCAUACACAUCGUUGAUCAUAUGGACUUGGAGCCUUGGAGCGUGCCUGAAGUUGUGCGUCCACUGUAUGAAUCGUCUGCAAUGGUUGCCCAGAAGAUGUCAAUGGCGGCUUUGCGCUAUCUUAGGCAGGUGGCGCAUGAAGAUACCAGUUCUGUAAUAACCGGAUGGGGAAGACAGCCUGCUGCUUUGCGGGCUCUGAGCCAAAAGCUGACCAGAGGUUUCAAUGAAGCUCUCAAUGGGCUUGCUGACGAUGGGUGGUCUGUGAUUGAAAGCGAUGGAGUGGACGAUGUUUGUAUCUCUGCUAAAUCACCGAGUAAAAUGAUCAACUGCAAUGCAACUUUCAAUAAUGGCCUGCCCAUAGCCAGUCGCAGUGUUCUCUGUGCAAAGGCAUCGAUGCUGCUGCAGGAUGUUUCUCCACCAUCGCUCCUGCGGUUUAUGCGUGAACAGCGGUCACAGUGGGCUGACAGUAAUUUAGAUGCAUUCUUUGCUUCUGCAAUGAAACCUAAUUUCUGCAAUUUGCCUAUGUCUCGCCUCGGAGGAUUUAGUGAUCAGGUCAUACUUCCUUUAGCCCACACGUUUGACCCUGAAGAAUUCCUCGAGGUUAUAAAAAUAGGAAAUGCCAGUAAUUAUCAAGACGCACUCAUGCACCGUGACAUGUUUCUGUUGCAGAUGUACAAUGGGGUAGACGAGAACACUGCAGGCACUUGUUCAGAGCUCAUCUUUGCACCAAUAGAUGCAUCGUUCAGUGACGAUUCCCCACUGCUGCCUUCCGGUUUCCGCAUCAUUCCGAUCGACUCUCGUCUUGACACAUCUAGUCCCAACUGCACUUUGGACCUUGCUUCCACCCUUGAAGUUGGAACGCCCCGGGGCAGGAUAACCGGCAGUGGUUCCGGGAAUGCUGCUUGUGCCGGUUCCAAGGCUGUGAUGACGAUCGCGUUUCAGUUUGCAUUUGAGAGCCACCUGCAGGAUAGUGUUGCAACCAUGGCAAGGCAGUAUAUGCGCAGCAUCAUCGCAUCGGCUCAGAGGAUAGCACUGGCACUCUCGUCGUCGCGCCUCGUUCCUCAUGCCGGCAUCAAACGCACGCCUGCUGCUAGUCCGGAGGCAGACACACUCUCCAGAUGGAUUUGCCAGAGUUACAGAUUCCACUUUGGUGCCGAACUUAUCAAGUCUGCAGACGCCAGCGGCUGUGAACCGAGCCUUAAAGCCCUUUGGCAUCAUGCCAAUGCUAUACUCUGCUGCUCUUUAAAGGCCCUGCCAGUCUUCACAUUUGCUAACCAAUCGGGCCUCGACAUGCUUGAGACGGCUCUGGUGGCACUCCAAGAUAUCACCCUCGAGAAAGUCUUCGACGAUCAAGGGAAGAAGAACCUGUGCACAGAGCUCCUCCCCAGCAUAAUGGAGCAGGGGUUCGCGUGCAUUCAGGGCGGGCUGUGCGUGUCGAGCCUGGGCAGGCCGGUGUCGUACGAGGAGGCGCUGGCGUGGAAGGUGACCGACGACGACAACGGCGCGCACUGCAUUUGCUUCAUGUUUGUCAAUUGGUCUUUUGUUUGAUACGAAUGUUAUUAAGAGAACUACACGCAUGUAAAAUGAUUGAGAAACCUAAAUGUAUUGCAUCGAUGUUAUCUAAAAAGGAAGAUAUUUUGCAUGGA